AUGAUUGCUUAAAGUUUGACCAAAUCAUAAAACUUAAUUUUUUUGUUUAACUAAACAAUACUAAUAUUUUUAUUAGAUAAUGUAUUAAGUAUUUUUACAAGCUCAUUAUUUUUGGAAUGGUAUGGAUUAGCAUUGAUUCAAUUGAAUGAAUUAGACAAAACUUAAAAUUUUAAUAUUGCUUAGAAGAAAACUAUAAGUUAUAAUUUUGGGAAUGUUAUAGCUUAAAGCUCAAUUAUAUUCUUUACAGAUUAUUUUGUAAAUAAUUGGAAUAUUUGUAGAAUGAUAAGCAAAUAAUUAAAAUUAAAUUUCUUCUUACAAGAUUAUUAUCAUUAUUCUUCAUUGAAAAAAUGUUACGAUUGUAAAAUUAUAAAUAAUACUUGGAUUUCCCUAUAAAAAUUGAAAUUUAAAAAUGCUUUAGAGAUAGUUGAGUAGUUGAAUGGAAUCAUAUUACCUGUACAUCAAAAGAAGAUAAUAGAAUUGUCCUAAGCUUACGAUAUCUAAAUCAAAAUUUUUUGA